UUUCUCCCUCGCCUUGUCUGUCUCGCUAACUUUCUCCUUCAGUUGCAGUGUCUUGGCUACACUUACCUCACCCUCUCUCUCUCUCUCUCUCUCUCUCUCUCUCUCUCUCUCUCAGAACUCAUCAGUUUCUUCCAUAAUGGAUGAAGAUGCUCCGGCUCCGGCGCCGCCACCGCCCGACCACCCUCCGGCCUUCGUAGAGAAAGAAGAUCAGUCCACGCCGCCGCUGCCGCCGGCGGCGGAACCAGCUGUCCCAGUUUCUGAUCCACCGCCGAUGACCGAGGAAGACUCGGCACCGCCGGCUCCGGCCGAAAAAGAAGAGCUGCCGCCUCCCACGGUGACCUUGGCGGCCGUGACUGUGAUGGUGACGGAGUCCGAGCUGCUCCAGAAGGAGCCGCCCGCCCAGGAAGAUGUGGUCGCUGUGGAUGCCGGGAAAUCAAAACCGGUCGAUGAGGCAGAGCAGGAGCAGAAGCAGAAGCAGAAGCUGACUCAGUCCUUGGAGUCGUUCAAGGAGGAGAGCAACAGAGUUUCCGAUCUCUCCGAGCCCGAGAAGAAGGCCCUCUUGGAGCUGCAGCACCUCGUUCAGGAAGCCCUUGAUAGCGGCGCUUUCUCAGCCCCACCCGAAGAACAGAAGAGCUCGGCGGAGUCAUCGGCAGCCGAGGUCUCCAUUUGGGGGAUCCCUCUUCUCAAGGACAACCGGAGUGACGUGAUCCUCCUAAAGUUCCUCCGGGCCCGGGACUUCAAAGUGAAAGAUGCCUUUACCAUGCUCAAGAACACGAUCCAUUGGCGAAGGAUGUUCCAAAUCGAUUCCCUCCUGAAUGAGGACCUGGGGGACGAUCUGGAGAAGGUCGUGUUCAUGCACGGGCAUGACCGGGAAGGACACCCUGUGUGCUACAACGUAUACGGGGAGUUCCAGAACAAGGAGCUGUACGAGAAGACAUUCGGGGAUGAGGAGAAGAGGACGAGGUUCCUGAGGUGGAGGGUUCAGUUCCUCGAGGGGAGUAUCAGGAAGCUCGAUUUCAGCCCCGGUGGGGUUAAUACUAUUUUCCAGGUAAGUGACCUGAAGAACUCCCCGGGACCAGGAAAGCGCGAGCUCAGACAAGCAACCAAACAGGCCCUCCAGAUGCUUCAGGACAACUACCCUGAAUUCGUUGCGAAACAGGUGUUUAUCAAUGUCCCAUGGUGGUACCUUGCAUUCUACGUGAUGAUCAACCCGUUUCUGACUCAGAGGACGAAGAGCAAGUUUGUUUUUGCAAGCCCGGCAAAGUCUGCUGAAACACUCUUCAAAUACAUUUCUCCCGAGCAAGUGCCUGUGCAGUACGGUGGACUAAGCGUGGACUACUGUGACUGUGAUCCUGAAUUUACCAUUUCUGAUCCGGCAACAGAAAUGACCGUAAAGCCCGGGACGAAGCAAAUUGUGGAAAUUAUCAUAUACGAGAAGUGCGUUAUCGUCUGGGAACUCCGCGUGGUUGGCUGGGAGGUGAGCUACGGGGCCGAGUUUGUACCCAAUACCGAAGGCGGAUAUACGAUCAUAAUCCAAAAAGCCAAGAAGAUAGCACCCAACGACGAGCCCGUGUUGCACGGAAGUUUUACCGUAUCCGAGCUGGGAAAGAUCCUCCUGAUCGUUGAUAACCCAACCUCGAAGAAGAAGAAGCUUCUCUACAGGUUCAAGGUGAAGCCUUUGUGCGACUGACUUGCUGGAGGGAGGGGACAAUAACGUGCCGCAAUGUUGUCAGUGUUCUUCAUCUUCAUCGUCGGUAAAUAGUCUGUUUGUGAUUGUUUCUUGUUUGUAGAUGUCUCUGUUUUGUGUUUUGGUCUUGUUAGUGCAAACCGAAAAAUUUAUCAGAUUUUCUGUUGAAUUUGAGUUUCUGGGUUCUGGAGAUUUUACUGGGAACUACUAAAACCCGAAAGAUCAUGCACCAGCACAUUGCUUUUUUUAUCUGCAUUGUAAUGUAAUUUUUUGAUGACUUUGUUUCUC